AUGGCGGGACAUGUUCCGCGGCGACGCAAGGACGGCAUUACUCAGCGCUACAAGGCCACGCCUAGGAAGCUUGACUUGAUUGAGGCUGACGACGACACUAACGCGAAUGCACCCGAAGGCUACUGUACUGGGCUGGGCUGGGCUGCAGCGGAGCGUAUGCACAAGAAGGGCGGCGGGGGAGGAUGA